CCAGGCGCAUCCACGAAAGACUGGCGUACUUGCGCGCAUGACGACCCAAGCGGACCAGGGCGUGUCCCAGCCCGCCGUGCUUCCCAUUCCCAAUCAGCUCAAGCCAUCCUAUCCAUCGCCUCACUCGCCAGGUGGCGCCCUUGCGCCUCCGCGCAGAAUAUCCCCGCACGACGGGCCACUGUCUGCGCCCCCAAUCUCACCUAGCUUGUUGCCAGAGAGGCCGUCCGUCCCGACCAGGGCGUCCACCCUCGGCUCCGAGAACGAGCUCAGCCACCACAGGCAGCUCGAGGACAGCCAGGACCAUGCAAGGAGCGAAGACCUCUCGCACUCGCUCGCCCCGAACCCGCACGACGCCGUCUUCGCCGCCCCGUCGCCCGCCUAUCUCUCGCCGUCGCGGCCCACGACGCCGGGCAGCUCGAACGAACACAUCCCGUCGUCGUCCGGGCAUUCGGACAGGUCUGAGAAGCGGCUCAGCGCGUCCUCCAUCUACUCUGGCUCGUCCAACUCACAAGCCCCGAAUCGUCCUCCACCGACUGCAACGUCGGUCAGCAGCGUUACGUCUACGACAUGUUCCGCCUGCGGGCAGACGAUGCAGGGAGCCUUCGUUCGUGCACUGGGUACUGUAUAUCAUCUCCAGUGUUUCAAAUGCAUGGACUGUGGCACCGUCGUCGCUUCCAAGUUCUUCCCUAUCGACGGCCCCGACGGCAAGCAACAACCGCUAUGCGAGCGCGAUUAUUUCCGGCGGCUGAACCUCAUUUGUGCAAAGUGCGGGAUGGCUUUGCGGGGAAGUUAUAUCACAGCCUGCAACAAGAAGUUCCACGUCGAACACUUCACUUGCUCCAUCUGCCCGACGCUCUUUGGCCCUCAGGACUCGUACUACGAGCACGGCGGCGAUGUGUAUUGCCAUUAUCAUUAUUCGACCCGCUUCGCGACGAAGUGCGCCGGGUGCAAUACGGCGAUUUUGAAACAGUUCGUCGAGAUCAAUCGUAACAUGCGGGACGAGUGUUGGCAUCCAGAAUGUUACAUGAUCAACAAGGCACGUCCCCUUCCCCUCUCGAGAUACUUCUGGAACGUCAAAGUCGUCUCCCGACGAUCCAUGAACAUCACGCCCGGGACCGAACCGCAGGAGCAACAGACGCACGAGGACGAGGAGACGAAGGAGACAGCGGUGAGCUUGAAAGAGAAGCAGGUCAGGAUGGAGCAGCAGGUUUACCGGAUAUGGACCGUCCUGUCCGCGUUUGAAGAGUCGAGUGCCGCUUGCAUUUCAGACAUGUUGAGGCAGGUCAGCAACGGCCAGUAUCUCGAGGCUAUCCGAAUGGCGGAAAAGUUUAUUCUCCAUGUCGAGGUCUUGUUCGCUACCAUCGACGAUCUCGAGCACUAUUUUGCCCGUCUGAACCUGAAGGGCAUGUCGCAUGUCCGGGAAGCGCGUAUGCUCUGCCGAAAGACCGUCGAUCUCUUCACCCUCCUCUCGCACACCCAAGAGACCGGCGCCCGCCGAAUGGGCAUGACGCAGGAACUGCUCGCACUCGUCACCGGCCUCGCACACUACCUCAAGAUCCUCAUCCGCAUCGCCCUCACCGGCGCCCUCAAACUCGAACGGGAACACUCCAUGCGCGAAGCCAUGUCUUCCUUCCUCGACAAACUCCACCUCCUCGCCGUCCAGGGCGGAAACCCGUCCGCACGGCGGAUGAUGAAGGGCUCCAAGGGAGAGACGAUCAUGCCCCCGCAGCGGUCGGGCAACGCAGGCACGACGGGCGUGACGUACGGUUUUCGAAGUCUCGCACCGGAGAACGCGGGCGAGUCGCCGUUCUUGGGCGCACCGAGGGAUCCCGCGCUGUCCAAUAUCCCUGUGGUGAACCCUCCGUCGGACCUCUGCGUGCGCUGUAACUCCACCGUGGAAGAGGACUGCGUGCGACUGGGGACGUAUCAGCGGUGGCAUUCGCAUUGUGUGCAGUGUAAACAGUGUGGGAAGGCGGCGGCCGUGAAUCCGCCGCAGGAGCCACCGAAGACGGCCGAGGAGAGGGAGAAGGAGAAGGAGGGAGGCUCGGGGUCGAAGGUGACGACGGUGAGAAGGCCACCGGCGAAUGUGGACGGGUUCGUUUAUGAGCUCGAGACGAUCAAGGAGACGUCGUCGUUUGGGACGGUGCCGACCGUGGUUUAUUGCACGGAGCAUGCCCAUGCGGGCUGUCGGAGUGGCUUCCAGGCGGUCUCGAGGUUGGAGCAGUAUGCGUUUUUGUUGAAUGUGGCGCUGAGGCGGCUAUACUUGCUCUUGAAGAAACGGAAGGUGAUCCCGUUAACCCUGCCGCCGAGUCAAGCGCCCGAACCCGUACAGGAUCCGUACCGCAACUCAGGCGACAUCAUGCGCAUGAAGUCCGUCCACCUCGAUCGAAAGCUAUCUGCGACGGCACGAUUACCGAAACGGUCGACGAUCGUCGAGUCUCCGACAGGCAAAGUCGCACAUUCGACGGACGUACUGACAUCACAGCAGCAGCAGCAGCAACACCAUCAUCACCAGCACCACCAGGAUAGGCCACAUCAUCACCAGGAAGGGGCGGUGGGCGCCGUCGCUAUCGCUGCGCCUGUACCACAGGGUCCACGUACGGGUGGAAGGGCACCUCCGCCGUUUAAUCCCCAUGUUCAGUCUCAACAACAGCAACAACAGUCCAGCGUUGGACGGUCACAAGGCCAACAACAACGACCACAGCAGGGCGUACCCUAUCCCGGUGGGCCACCAUUACGACCUCUACAACCCCCAGGAAACCUCGACCUAGGCCCAAGUCAAGCCCAAGGCCAACAAGUCAUCCGUCCUUCCUUUGCUCGCAACAACACCGAAGUGAUGAUCGUAGACGAUUCCGGACCUGCCUCACCGACCGGCGGACCGCCGUACGACGGGAUGCUGCCCCCGCCCUCUGACGACGCGUCCAUCACGCUCGCGGACAUCCCGCAGCUCGUCGAGGUCGCACAGGCGUUCGAGCAGCACAGGGCAUUACCGAGACAGAACUCGAUACCGUUCAUUGCGGAGCUGACGCCGUUGGAGUUGAUGAUCGUGAAGCAUGCGGCGGUACUCAUUUUGAAUCGGAGUCCGUUGAGGGAUCAGAUCGAUUUGGACGAGAUAUUGGAGAUGGUGGAGGCGAAGAAGCAGGGAUUUUGGGGAAAGUUUUGGAAUAGGAACGAUAAGAAGAAUUUGAAGAAGAAGACCGGCGUGUUUGGUGUUCCUUUGGAUUUGCUUGUGGAGAAGGAGGGGGCGGAUUCGUUGCAUGGGGCUUCACGCGCUACGCUCAGAGUACCCAGUUUCAUCGACGAUGUUAUCUCCGCUAUGCGACAAAUGGACAUGUCCGUCGAAGGUAUCUUCCGUAAGAACGGCAACAUCAGACGGCUGAAAGACCUGACAGAGGCUAUCGACCGCGAUCCAUCGUCUGUGGAUCUGACGACGGAUAACCCUGUGCAGCUAGCGGCGCUAUUGAAGAAGUUCUUGCGUGACCUGCCGGAUCCUCUCAUGACAUUUAAGUUAUACAAGAUCUUCAUCGCUUCACAAAAUACGUCAAGUAUACCGAACGAAUCGGAACGCAAACGGCUCCUUCACAUGCUCUCGCUGGUCCUACCCAAAGCGCACCGAGAUACGAUGGAAGUCCUCUUCGUCUUCCUCAAAUGGGUCGCAUCCUUCUCGCACCUAGACGAACAAACCGGGAGCAAAAUGGACCUACCCAACCUCGCCACCGUCAUCUGCCCCUCCAUCCUCUACUCGCCCGGCUCGAACGCCGCGCGCUACGACGACCAAUUCGGUUCCAUCCGCGUCGUCACCAAUCUGCUCGAGAAUCAGGACGUGUUCUUCUCCGUUCCCGAGGAGUUCUUACCGAUAUUGAGAGAUCAGGAGUAUUUCGCGCAUAGUAUGGAGUUGCCGAGUAAGGAGUUUUUGAAGAAGUGCGAUACGUAUAUGAGGUUGAAGGCGGCGGGACGAUUGCCCGGUCCGGGGCCGCAACAGCAGCAGCAGCAGCAGGCGACGUCGCCUGGGGGAGGAUCGCCGUAUCUUGCGAAUAAUAAUUCGAACCCGGUGCAUAUGACACGGCCGGUGGAGACUAUGGAGUCGCGAUUGGGCCCUUCACUAUCACGAAGUCCCGAACGGCCAAACAUCGGUCCUUCGAUGCAUUCCGAAAAUCCCAUUCGCAAUAUGAAUGGUGGGUACCAGCCGCAAGGACAAUCGCAAUCACCAGCCCCACUCGCCCCCGGUCUUCCACACUCGCCGGCGUCGUAUUCUGGUCCUAGUAUCAGUGGUGGUGGAGGCGCUGGUGUCGGUGCAGGUGGUGGGAUGCCGUCGUCGUUGUCGCAGGGUGGGGCGAGUAUGAUGCAGCAGGGUGGGACGGGUAUGAUGCAGCAGGGUGGGCCGAGCAUGAUGCAGCAGGGUGGGCCGAGCAUGAUGCAGUACGCUUCUUCAAGGUCGCAGGAAGGGGGCGUGCCGCCGAGUUCGAGCGAGGAAUGGGAGAAUGUGCAACUGCAGCGUCCACAACAGCCGUUUAGCAAUGGUGUUGGUGUGAAUGGCCAUGGGACGUCGAAUUCGAAUUCGAGGCCGGGUUCGAGGCCGAAUUCGGGGUCGUUUUCGAGGUCGGGGGGAGAUUCGUAUCCGAAUCCGUAUCAGAAUGGGAAUGGGAAUGGGCAUAUGCGAUGACAGCCUUUUCUUCUUAACCUCCCACUCUGCUUUCUCGUUUUCAUGUCCGUAUCCGACCGUGAAUUAUUUUUUGUCCGUACACUGUGUCACGACGUCCUCCAUAGGCGCUUGUAUAUUUUUGCCAACUACCUAUCCUAACGUACCGUAUCAUACCUUACCUUACCAUCACCAUACCAACGUCCCGUCCCAUCCCGUCACUCGCUCGCUCGCUCUUCUCUCUACAGUGGAUUCUUGUCUCUACUUGCUUCUUCCUGUCUCCCACCAUUCCCACUCCCACCCCACUAACACAUCAUGUUUCUACUUCCACCGCCCGGGUCUAUUGGGUUAUGGCGUCUGCGUCUGCGUCUGCGUUCUAAUUUACUUAUGGCUCAUGGCGGGACUGGCAUUCUUCUCUAUCCGUAGUUCAAAUAGUUCUUUUCUUACGUUCUUCCUUCUGCCCCCCCCUUCUUCCUUAUUUACUUAUUCGUGCGUCGAGCUGCCUGCCAUCAUUACUUUUUACCGACCUUUACCGACAUUUCUCUGACUACUACUAUGACGUUGACGUUCGACUCUGUCCCCUGUGACCGCUUGACUCGACUCUCGAUCUCUCGACUGCGUCUCCGUCUUUUUUUUUUUUGUUUACAUGUAAACCUCACUCAUCCUCAUCUCUCUCAUCUCUCAUCGUCACUCUCUCACCCUCUCAUUUUUUUCUCUCCACUCUCUUUUUCACUACGAUUUUC